GUUAACCUAUAGCUUAAAUCAAGCUAUGGCAGCAAGUUCUGGAGAACUUGGCAAACGAAAAAUGUCAGGUCGUAUGUCUAAAAAAAUGGCAUGGAGAAAGCUAGCUUCCUCCCAAACGACCAAUGUGUUACCAGAGAUUCAUGAUACAAUUGCUAAAAGAUUAGUUCAGAGCACUGUAGCCAAUAAGAAUUCUAAAACUAUUAAAAAACAAUCAGAACCUUUCACCAACACGGUUCCUUUUUUUCGAUUUGACGCCGUAGGUGCAUCAUCGCUUGGACGAAUCACUCAAAAGCAUUUACAUCAAUUAAGCAAUAAGACUUUAAAUCUAUCGCAGUAUCACGUUGCAGCUGUAUCUAAAGUGAAAAGAUCGGCUUCGAGAAGAGAGAAAAUACAAAAUUUAGAUGCAGUGAAAAGAAAGAAACUUGAAGACAAUUAUGAUAUUUGGACAAGUACACCAGUAAACCAACAUGUAGAAAAUAUGAAAUCAAAAAAGGAUCUUGUUUCCAAUACAAUUCCUGCUGUAUGUGUACCUUUACCGGGGCUAUCAAUUAAUCCGGAUCCUAUAGAUUAUAGAAAUAGUCUACUAGCAGUGGCAGCUGCUGUUUUAGAAAAGGAUAGAAAAGAGCAAGAAGCUGAAGAAAAUAUGUACCCAAUCACUACUGAAUUGAUGACCCUACUACCCGUCGAUCUAUUAAACGGCUUGGAUUUUCUGCAGAAACAAAAAAUAUUUCAUUUUUUAUCAAAACUUUCGGACGUUGAUCCAGAACGAGAAACAAAGGUGUUAAACUUUAUAUCAAAUGAAUUACCAAAGCAAGAAGAGCAAACGACGAACCAGUUAGAUUCAAAUAGUGAUAACGGAGAAGCUGAUGAAGGGAAUUCUAUUUUAGCUAAAAUGUCAAAACGUGCCAAAAGUGAAGUGACUCGAAGACGUUUUAGAAGACAUUGUCGUGAAGUUCGGGAGGCGAAAGAGAGACGAAAGCAGCGAGAAUAUUUGAAUUCCAUCAACUUUACAACCCAAUACAUUGCCGAAAUGGAGGAAAGAAAAAAACAGUUAUCCAAUCGAAAGACAUAUAAUCAACGGGUACAGGAGGCACACGACAAAGACAAACAAAGUAAUAAAACUGUGUAUUACAAAUCAGGGAGAUAUAUUUAUAAAGAUGAACCAGAUGAUGUAAUUCUUCCUUCAACAUCAAACGAAACGAUUCACAGCUUACAAAAACUUCGUUUGAGAGACAUCCCCGCAGCUGCUCUUAAGGAUCGUAUGGCUUCGAUUUAUCGCCGUAAAUUAACGGAACCCAUACAUAAACACGCGGCAACGUUGGGUAUGCGUAACGCACCGCGACACUUUGGUUCAUUAAAAAGAAGACGAAGAAAAAUUAUUGUCAAAAUUAAAUAAAUUAAUUUUUUUUCACUGGUGAAAAAGAGUGGCUAAUGUUGUCAUAUAAUUUUUAACCUUUCCCUAACAUAUUAUCAUAAAGCUAAAACAGCACUAUUUUUUUUUUUUUAUGUAUAUUAAAAUAACCGUA